ACAAUGAUAGUUCUUUUAAUUGUAUAAUAAGUCAUAACGUAAUGAGUGCUCUGUGUCGAGAAGUUGUAACCCUGCAGCUGGGACACUAUUCAAACUUUGUUGGAACACACUGGUGGAAUUUGCAGGAUGCCUCCCUGUGUUAUGAUCCUGACAUGCCUGCCGGGGAGCUGCAGAGCGAUGUCUUGUUCCGAGAGGGCGUCACUCUUGGCGGUCAUGUCACCUACACACCCCGUCUCAUUGUUAUGGACCUCAAAGGCAGUCUGCAGACUCUGAGACAAGAGGGCAGCUUGUAUGGCUCAGAGAAGGAGAACAGUACCUUCACAUGGGAUGGAGGUGUCAUCACCCAUAAAGAGAGUCCACCACUGAAGAAUUCCUUUCUCGAAGACCUGGACAAGCUUGAUCAGGGAGAGAUUUUGGCCAAACCAGACCUGAGUCCUACACAGGUGCCCCAGUAUUCAGGGGCUGUUCCCAUGGAGACGGUGAACAGCACUCUGGAGCGCAUACAGAAGACCUAUAGGCUGGAGGGAAGCGUGAGGGUGUGGUCUGACUUCCUCCGCAUCCACCUCCAUCCUCGCACCAUCUCUGUCAUUACCCAGUACAACCACGAUGGUGAGUCGGAGCGCCUGGAGGCGUUUGGCCAGGGGGUGACACUGUGUCGGGGAUCGGUACUGGAGGACCUGGAGGACAGAUUGCAUUUCUUUGUAGAAGAGUGUGACUACCUGCAGGGAUUUCAGGUGCUGUGUGAUAUCACUGAUGGGUUUUCUGGUUUGGGGUCAAAGGUGACGGAGUUACUGCAGGAUUCCUAUGGAGGGCGGGGCAUCCUGACUUGGGGUCUCGCCCCAGUCAGUCACCCAGACUCUAGUCCAGUGAAGGAUCUUUACCAUUUGAUAAACUACGCCCUUGGAACUGUGAACCUGGCCAAUCACAGCUCUCUCUUCUGCCCAUUGACCUUAAGGGGCGGGCUAGGUCUACGACCAACCUCCCCGGUCUCCUUCCCAUUCAUCAACUAUGAUCCCACCCUGUGGUACCACUCCAGCUCCAUCCUGGCGUUACUGCUGGACACACUGACAGUGUCAUACAGACUGAGACACAACAGCGCCACCAUGUGGCAGCUGUCUGAUGCGCUGGCCGUGUCAGGGAGGAAGGUGGUCUCUGCAUAUGGCGCUGUUCCGUUUCCCGUGAUGCAUGGCAGCUGUCUCCCAGAUGCUCUGGAUGCCUGCUCUGACACGUUGCCUUGGAGACCCCUAUCGGCUUGCCCCGAGCUCAGUGAUGGGCGUUGCUUUGGCCAAUCGGUGACCCUUAGAGGAUUAGAGGGGCAGAACUUAGUCAGUCCACUCACCCCUGGGACACAUCCGCCAACUCCCCUGCAUUUCCCUCGUAGUGGAGAGGAAGUGCUGUCUACGUACAUCAGUUCACAUUACCCGUCAACCCCUCUGGCAGUGCAGCUGGUGUCCAGCCCCAGCAAGCUGACCCCGCCUUUCCCACAGAUUUUCAGCCAAUCGCUCGGUCCCCAGGGUUUCCUGCAGAACCAGGAUCUUCCCCCAACAAUGGCUGCUCCGACGGUCUCCAGUCUCCCCGUGCUCACCUCCAUGCAGUCCAGCUCGUCGAUCGCUCCGUGGCUGUCGGACCUUCAUCGCGGGGUGAGCGCGCUGAACAUCCGACGCGUCGCGCCCAGUUUCCUCACCCAGGGACCCGAGCUCGCCGACCUCCAGGAGUCCCUGGAACAACUCCGCAGCCUCGCGUAUCGUUACCGCGACGACAGUGGAGGGACGCUUCGCUCCUCCUCCGAGGAAGACGAUGAUGAUUACUGAUGGGCCGGCCAAGGCCAAGAAGACUGUCCUGAGAUCCUCUUGAAACCAUUUAAACUUCUGUUAUCACAGUCCCCCGCAACCCAUUUAAUCUGGAUUAACUGUCCCGCCCGCUAAAGACUACAUGUACAAUUAGACUCCACCACAUAUAACACAUUAAUUUGGUAAUCUCUGUGGUCUUGGUUGAGCUCUGACCCUGUGCAGGGAUGUUCCAGAGGGUUGUGCUAAAGAAUUCACAUAAAUUAUGCGAUUUUAGAAUACAAGAAAGUGAUGAAUGGCAGGAACCAAGUGAAGUAGACGUAGAGAAUGCAUGACAGAGGGAUUU